UCAAUGCCGUACUGCCGCCGUUCCUGUAGGUGGAUUCAGCUCAACGCGCCGACUGUCUAUCAGAGCAAUAAACAACGCCGAACCACACACGGACACAGAGCUACCCUUCCCCUAAAAAUUAUCAUAAUCAAACAAAAAUAUCCCUGUUACCUCUCUCCCCGAUCCUAAUGAAGGAGCUUCGCCCUGACUGACCAAGGGACAUGGGAAUACUAAAUAUAACCGACCAGACACCUCUGGUCCAGGCUAUAUUUAACCGAAAUGUAGAAGACGUGAAGUUUUUGUUGCACAAGAAAGAAGAAGUCAAUGCACUGGACCAAGAGCGCCGCACCCCCCUGCAUGCUGCUGCAUGUAUGGGGGAUGUUCACAUCAUGGACCUCCUCAUCAAGUCAGGUGCUAGUGUCAACGCUAAGGACCAAGGCUGGCUGACUCCUCUGCAUCGGGCAUCUGCCGCUAGAAAUGAAAGGGCCGUGGGGCUGCUUCUGCGGCAGGGAGCAGAAGUGAAUGCACGGGACAAGCUGUGGCAGACACCGCUGCAUGUGGCGGCCGCCAACAAGGCCACGCGCUGUGCCGAGAUGCUGCUGCCGCAGCUCAGCAGCCUGAAUGUGGCCGACCGCUCGGGACGCACCGCCCUGCACCACGCCGUACUCAGCGGACACUCCGAGAUGGUGAAUCUGCUCCUGAACCACGGGGCCAACCUGAGUUCCAGUGACAAGAAAGACCGGCAGGGCAUCCACUGGGCGGCCUACCAGGGGCAUCUGGAGAUCGUCAAGCUGCUGGUGUCCCGUAGUGCCGACAUUUCUAGUCGGGACAAGCGGGGCUACACCCCUCUGCAUGCGGCAGCUGCCAGCGGACACAUUGACGUGGUCAAGUACCUGCUGCGACUCGGUGCAGAGAUCGACGAGCCAAAUGCCUUCGGCAACACCGCACUGCACAUGGCGUGCUACACGGGUCAGGAGGCAGUGGCCAAUGAGCUGGUGAACCGCGGCGCCAACGUGAACCAGCCCAACCAGCGUGGCUGCACACCCCUGCACCUGGCAGCCGUCUCCACCAAUGGGGCCUUGUGCCUUGAGCUGCUGGUGAACAAUGGAGCUGAUGUCAACAUGCAGAGCAAAGAAGGGAAGAGCCCCUUGCACAUGGCUGCCAUUCACGGGCGAUUCACGCGCUCCCAGAUCCUUAUUCAAAAUGGUGGGGAGAUUGACUGUGUGGAUAAAUAUGGCAAUACUCCUCUUCAUGUAGCUGCUAAGCACGGCCAUGAGCUUCUCAUCAGUACCCUCAUGACCAACGGGGCUGACACAGCCAGGCAAGGGAUCCAUGGUAUGUUUCCACUGCAUUUGGCCGUGCUCUACGGGUUCUCAGACUGUUGUCGAAAGUUACUUUCCUCAGGUCAGCUGUACAGCAUCGUGUCGUCGCUGAGUAACGAGCAUGUGCUGUCGGCAGGGUUUGACAUAAACACCCCAGACAGCCUGGGGAGGACCUGCCUACACGCUGCUGCGUCUGGGGGGAAUGUUGAAUGUCUUAAUUUGCUGUUGAGCAGUGGUGCUGACUUGAGUAAAAAGGACAAAUUGGGAAGGGCUCCUUUGCACUAUGCGUCCGCUAACGGCAAUUACCAGUGUGUGGUGGCUCUAGUGAGUGCUGGGGCAGAGGUCAACGAGCUGGACCUGAAAGGCUGUGGCCCUUUGCACUUUGCUGCUGCAUCCCAGACCUUCCGCAGAGUGGACCGGCAUUACGCUGCUGACUGCCAGAGUGAGGAGAGGGACAAGGAAGGCCUGGUGUGUCUUGAGUACUUGCUAGACAACGGGGCAGACCCGUCCCUGCGCAACAGCAGAGGCUACAGCCCAGUCCACUAUGCAGCUGCCUAUGGAAAUAAGCAGAACCUGGAGUUGCUGUUAGAGAUGUCUUUCAACUGUUUGGGAGAUGUGGAGAGUAGUGUCCCUGUCAGCCCUUUGCACUUAGCUGCGUAUUAUGGUCACUGUGAAGCCCUGUGGGUUCUGGCAGAGACGCUGGUGAGUCUGGACGUGCGGGACACCAUGGGGCGCUCAGCGCUCUACCUGGCCGCCCUCAGAGGCCAUGCAGCCUGCGUGGAGGUGCUGCUGGCUCACGGGGCCUCCUGCCUGCUUAAGGAUCGAGGCCGCAAGUGGACCCCGCUGCACGUGGCAGCGGCCAAUGGUCAUGCUGACUGCCUGCUGAUGCUGGUCAACCGGGCCAAUACUGCUGACAUCAUUGACGUCACAGAUGCCAAGGGACAGACACCUCUGAUGUUGGCAGCGCUGGGCAGCCAUACUGAAUCUGUUCACCUGUUGCUGGAGAGAGGAGCUACUCCUGACAUCGGCGACAAGUGGAGCCGCACAGCACUGCACCGAGCUGCGGCUUUGGGUGGCGGGGAGUGUGUGUGUGCACUGCUGGCGCAUGGGGCGCAGGCUCUGUGUCGUGACGUGCGGGGACGCACUCCGCUGCACCUGGCAGCAUCACGCGGCCACCGUGAGCUGCUGGGUCUCCUGCUGGCUGCUGCACUGCAUGCCGACCCGCUCGACUCGCUGCUGGACUACAGUGGCUACACGCCCUCACACUGGGCUGCCUACAACGGGCAUGAGGACUGUUUGGAAGUUUUACUUGAACACAAACCGUUUAGUAUCCAGGAGGGCAACCCCUUCAGUCCUUUGCACUGUGCUCUAAUCAAUGGCCAUGAUGGUGCUGCUGAACUGUUGGUGGAAACCUUGGGAACACAGCUGGUUAACCUUAGGGACACUAAAGGAAGAACCCCGCUGCAUGCUGCGGCCCAUGCCGAGAGUGUUGCCGGGCUACAGCUGGUCCUAGUCCAGGGGUCAGAGGUGAAUGCUGUUGAUCAAGCUGGACACUCACCACUCAUGGUUGCCGCUGAUAAUGGACACACUUCCCACGUUGAGAUCCUGCUGCACCAGGCCAAGGCAGACCUCACCUUGCUGGACAUCAACAACAAUACCGCGCUUCACCUGGCCUGCAGCAAGGGCCACGAGAUGUGUGCACUCCUGAUCCUGGCAGAGAUAGAUGACCCCUCCCUCAUCAAUGCCACCAACAGCGCACUGCAAAUGCCCCUUCAUAUAGCUGCUCGCAACGGUCUGGCCACAGUGGUGGAGGUGCUGCUGAGUCGUGGAGCCACAGUGCUGGCAGUGGAUGAUGAGGGCCACACCCCAGCCCUGGCAUGUGCACCCAACAAGGACGUGGCUGACUGCCUGGCUCUGAUACUGUCCACCAUGAAGCCUUUUCCCCCCAAAGAGUCCAGCAGUGCCCACUACGGCCUCAACCUGCUCAAGCAUUGCGGCAUCGCUGCUGCCCACCGACCACUUGCCAACGGCAGUCUGCGCCACGGUUACGCCAAGGACAGCUGCCUCACCGAGUGAGACGCGCGCACACACGCACACACACGCACACACACACACACACACACACACACACACAAGCAUACACACACACAUACACAAAAGCGCGUGUGCACACCGACCAACCCCCUUGCUUCAAUACACACAGGAAGUAUCAGUCAUGCUUCCCUCUUGAGCUCCCUAACCCCCUCCCCCUAUAACCCCCUCCCCAGCGCUCUCACCUUGACAACCCCCACCCCUCGCCUCACACUGUAGACACGCAGGAAUAUACUAAUUUGUGUGUGUGUGUGUAUGCGUGCAAUAGUGUGUGUGUGUGCGAGUGCGCAGAAUUUAACCUGAUGGGUGCAGUCAAACCUAUAUGCAAAUAUGUCACUCGAAAUCUAUAUUCCUGCCCCUCUCUCUCUCUCUCUUUCUGUCUCUACAUGUCCAUUGUGUCUUUCUCAUUUCCCAAAAAGACCUAAAGCAACCUUACAAACUGUGUGGAGAAGCAUUUGAACGGCUUCACCUGCCCUAUUGGUGUGAGACAGUUACCUCAAAUUUGGCCCUCGAGCAGAAGAAGUGGUUAGCCAGUCUGUGCUGCAUGAGAGUCUUGCAGGGCAGAGGAACCAACCAACAGGUUUGACUGCACGGCCACAGGACGGGUUGGGGGGGACCACUUCCAGUGCAGACAGACCUCACAUGACGCAUUCUAAUGAAGGGGCCCAAUUAUGAUGAAACUGCACCCAGCCCCACCCACUCACUCGUUAUUUACAUGCUUGAGCAGUCACAUUAAUAACACAGUGAUGGCUUUGCUCUUCCGGUAUUAAUUGGGUGAGGUCGUUUAGUUGGUUUUGACAAAGUUUACCUUUUAAGUGGAUGGAAAACAAAUUAUUUCACAUGAAUAAAAGAAUGAGUUUCAGUGUAUAGCAUGAGGGGCUGUCUGCACCGGUCCCUACCCUAAAGUGAGCUCAGAUAUGAAGGAAUUGUCAGCCUUUCUACUCACAGAAGUGGAAGAUGAAGGAAAUGCGUAUUUGAGUGCAAGAAAAAUAUGGCCAUCUUUUGGGCUUCUCUGGAAAUUUCUAGAUGUCUUACAGUGCUGUGCCUAAGUCUCAAACAGCUAAUGAUACUCAUCAUGCUAAUUACUGUGGGCGGGAUUCUCCCUGACCCACAUUAAGUACCCCUUUCAGUGAUGUACCCACCUCCCUUAUCCAACACCCCUCCCAAACUAUGUGGAAUGGUUUUUGAGACUUCAAAAGAGAACAAUUCUAGGAGUUUCAGAUUGGGGGAAAAAAAAAAAAAAUUUCAAUACAAUACAAUUUCUUAAAAACUAAAAGAAACGACAAGCACCCAUACCGAAGCGAGGACUAGCUCCUCUCCACCUCCCAAUUUUUUCCCAGUACAGACAGCUGUCUGGAACAUUCAUUACAUGAGUAAGUUGAUGUUUGCACAAUAGGGUGUCAAGGACUUUAAAAAAAAAAAAAAAGACAAAAAAAUUGUUUUCAAUAUAGCUGCUAAAAUAUAAUUGCCUUUGUUUUUUGGUAGAUUGUAAUAAUGGUAUUUAAAAGCGGGUCUUAUUUCAUGUUUUUCAUUUUUUUUUUUUUUCCUUCAUCCUUAUUUAAGAGCAAUACUCAAAGAGAGCCUUCAAAAUGUCUUACCUCACAUUUUGCUUGAUCCUAAAAGGAUUUUGGUUGUUAAUACUCCUCAGAUUCACUUUCCGUAGAACUCUGCCAAGGAAGCGUUUGGUUUUAAAGAAAUGAACACAGUUAUCCAGUUCAAGGCUAAAAUAUAUAUACACUUUAUAAUUGGAAUAUGCACUGUUGGAGAAGGAAAGCUACCAAAGGUGUUACAUGUUUCAUGCUAAGAUGAUUACUCCCACAAAGCCACACUGAAGAGCCCCCCUUACCUUUGCCUGGUAUUACAUGUUGCCCAUCACCUGCUAUGAAGAUAACAUAUCAUUUUUGCAUGCUAGAUGUAUUCAAUUGCCACCAAAUCAUAGUUCACCAAAAAAAAUAAAAUAAGAAAUUUGAAUGCAUCUACAGGUCCAAUGCACUUGAAGCUUUAAAAACAUAAAAAACUACAACAUAAUGACCUCAUGUACGGCAUCACUGUAGACUUGUCUAGUAACCAGGGUUUGUGGGUACGGCCAAAUAUUUUCCAGGGCUUCGGGUCCUUCGGUUUGUCCCCGAGCACAGGUGUUGGCCUCAGCUUCCCAAGUCCAUUGCAAUGCAAAAUUAUGAUCGCUCUGCUAGAAGACUCAAAAGCAGCACCCCUGGUGCCAGUGCAUCACAGUGAUGGCUUUAUCUCCCUUAUAAUCUCAUCCAGCCAAUUGCCAGCAUUUCACACUGUGCCCUAAUGAUUCCUUUGGACCUGGAUAAUCAUCUCCAUGUUCUUGCUGAUCUCUGUCGAGCUCGCUAGCUGUUGGGCUGGCGUCCUCUACCUGUUUCAUAUCGACCUUUAAACGGCGUUGCCUCUCCCUGAAUGUACUUGCUUUAUGCUCCAGCUAUCCUGUCUGUCGGCUACUGGGAUGCUAGCCUCGGUAGCUGCUGCUCUUCCUCUCCUCGCCUCCUGGCCUUACUGUAGCUGUUGGUACACAGGCUGGGUUUGACCGGUUUCAGUUCUUCAACCAAUUUACGCGCCACUGAACGAGAGGUUCAAAAAAGUGCUCCUAAAUGAUUGUGGAAGAGGCUGCGUGGUGCUAUGGAACAAGAAAUAAGACGACUUUUUCGACCUUUUUUGCAAAUAAUUUGUGUAGGUGUGUUAUCUUCCAUGCUUUUUUGCACAGCCGGCCAUCUAUUCCAUAGUUAAAAGUAUUAAAUACUAUAUCAGUCAGUUAAGCUUUUUAGUGAAAGGUAGUGUUUUUAUAUCGUGUGUCCUCAGUUUGUGGCUAGAAAAUCUUGAGUGUUAGUGCCAGCUGCCUUGGCCUUAACUGUGUUUUGUGUAGUUACCGGGAGACGUAGGUAUAUCCAAACUAGCAUUUCGUGUGUUAGCAUUUCGAUUUCAAUUUUUGAUUUGCACAAUUUUACUUGACCAUUAAGCAGGAAUGAGCACCAUAAGGUUCUCCCUUAUGGCCUGGAUCGUGAAACAAACAACAAUGCGUGAAGCCUAAGUUUAAAAGUGUAUUAUUGACUGAUUUUUGCACUCCAGGUGAUCAGGCAACAUGAAUCACUUCAUUCUUCUUACUGUGUGGCUCUGUGGGAGUACUGCCAUCAGUGGCAGAGGAUCAGAAAUUCUAUCUCAAAGAGCAGCUGAAGAGGUAGACUAAUACGUUUCCUUGUGUUCGCUUUCUUUUUGUGUGUGUGUGUGUGUGAGAGUGUGUGUGUUUGUUUGUUCUUUUUUGUUUCAUUUUGAAAUGACAAUCAGUCUACUAAGGGCUUUUUAUUUGUAAGGAAACACUUUUAUGGGGACUUGUGCAAAUAUGUUGCCAUCUUGACACCCAAACUAGUCUCCUUUUUAAAAGUCGGCAUAUGCGUGCCGUCAUGCCCAGAGUGCGCACUUGCUUGGUAUGUGUGCUUACUGUUUUUUUUGGGGGGGGGGGGGAAGGGAUUAUCUUGUGCUUCCCCGUCACCUUAGCAAAAUUCACUGUCAAAUAAAAAACUGUAAAAAAGAAAAAAAAACUUUCAGAUUGUAACAUCAGAACUAUUAGUUACUACUCUUUACAUAAAUUCCACAAUACCUACAAUUGUUCUCUUUUAACAGAAUAUAGAAAAACGUACCACAAAUGUUCAUGGGGUAUUGGUAGUCACAUAUAUUUAUCUAUCUAUAUAUACGUAUAGAUAUAUAUAUAUUAACACAUACUUUUAUGCAUCAAAUUCAAAGUUCAUUGCAGACUGAGAUUUUAUUGUCAGGUCUAUGGUGCAUUAACAGGGAUGAGAAGGUAUCAUGUUAAAAAUAAAAAAAAUGGAAAAGGAAAAAAAGAAGAAAAAAAAACAGGAAAAGUUGAAAAAAGCAAAUGCUUAUCUUGCACCCUGAUGUGGCCAGUACCGGUGUUCCACAAGGUAUUUCAUUUUAAAGCCUUUAAGGAGAAAAAAAAGUCAAUAUCCUUUACUAUAUGCAGGAAUAGCAAAUGCCAAAAUCAGUGUAAUUGCUAUUUCUCAUAUUUGUACUAGUAUGCUGAAAGAAAUGAUUGUAUUAAGCUACCUGAACUUUUUGUGGCAUUUUACAUAGGCCUUUUUCUAUGAUGUCAGACAAGGGUGUUGCUGGUGCGGAGAUAUCACAUCAACAAAUAAGCCAUUUAAUAAUAAUCUAAUUCAGCUGAAUAGGAGAAGGGAUUUUUAUUUGAAAUUGUACAUUUUGUUCAAACUAAAGAGUGUGCGAGCAAGCAAGAGAGAAAGACAUCCUGCUCUAACACCUGCGUAACCUUUUUUUUUUUUUUUUUGAUUCUCAAAAUUGGACUACCGUACUACAUUCAAUUUGGAAAGUGGGUUGAGUGCAAGUUAAAUAAAUUGCCACAGAUUGGCUGGCCUGGGCGAACGGGACUUGCUCCCGAUGCAAACCACCUUGUCUUGUCAAGAGCUGUGCAAAGUGCUGACAGGCCCCCUGGCCAGACUUUGGUCUGGUGAAAGGUUGGAGAGUUUGGGCCAGGGAUGGAAGAAACAGGCUUGCUUUGGUAAACAAAACAAAAGCCUGACUUUUGCUUUGAAGGUCCUAACUCCAACCCACCCCCCACCCCCCCCCCGUCAAGCAUUAGCUCAUUGCAGAGGACACGGCUCAGCCCAGACCAAAAGCACUUAUCGAAUGAAUAGGCACUUUUGUAUAUUUAAUAUCUCUAUAUGUAUGUGUGUAUUUAUGUAUACAUGUUACCUAUGUAGAUAUUAACGUUAGGGGUUACAGUUUUCUUCAGCAAAAGAGGUGAGAGGGUGUCUCACUUUUCACUGGUGAGCAGGUGUGCUGUGCGUGCGUGUGUUUUGUUUGUGUGUUUGUGUCUACGUAUGAGGAGGGGAUGGUUUCUCUUGUCGGGAUCACUAUUCGGUAGCAAUGAAAGUAAAGCUUGCACCUGAAUGUGCACAUGUGUGUAGCACAAAGUCCAUUUCAAACAGAAAAAAACGACCUCUAUUUGCACUGCCUUUCUUCAACCAGUUGCCAAAAAGCAAGGAUGUUUAAAAAAAAAAAUGAAAAUUGAGGACAAAAACUGACAUUUGAUGAAGAACACAAACUAUGUAUAGGUAUACGUCGAUUGACAGACAUCUCUGCUGAGCCAUAGUCCAGUAAUUUGCUGACUAAAAGUGAAUGUAAGGUCUAAAUUUUGAGUAGGUGGGGUUGUGAAGCUGACAUUACUGCACUGUCUCUAGACAAAAUGACAAAAAGUAAUAGAUUAAAGUCUGACACCCUUUUUUAGGAUUGUUCCUUUUCCACAUCUGCUUACAUCUGCAGACAAAUGGGCAAAGGUUUGAAACAGUCUUCUCAUUUGAGCCAGUGUUGGACAUUAUUUUUUUAGCAGGGUAGAGGGUUCUAGAUGUAGCCGAUGCACAUGCCUUAUGUUCUCAGCACAAAUGUCACACCAAUGUCAUCUUUAGCACUGCUCAUGUGGUCCUUUAGGGCCCCUCCAUUCUGCACUGUCCUGUGAAGCAGCCUAGCUCAAAGUGGUUGUUGUUACAAAAUGGCAGCCAUAUUCUCUACUGCAAUUGCCUUACAGUUACCUCCUGAUGUUCUUCCUGUGUUGUGAUGCGCAAGCCUGCAUAGUCUCUGUACUUGUUUGGAAUGUGUACGUCUUUGUUUCAUAACUGAUAGCAUAUCAAAAGCAUUCAACCUUAAUGACGCCCCAUGCUGUUACCUAGACCCGUAAGUGCCGUAGCAAUUUCCGUCUCUCUUGUUUGUUCUCGAUGGUUGUUGGAAAGAACAAUUUGUUGAAGUCAUCCUUUGUCCAGUGGGGUUCGGCACAAAAGAAGUUCAAAGAGUGAUUCUCACCUUUUCUUUUGCCUUUGUUUCAUCAAAGGCCAUCUCUCUCCCCACCCAGUUAUUGAUUCCCAAAGUCCUUAUCACAAGUGAAACUCUUUAAUAGUGCUGAUCCCCUUAGACCUUCACUAAGAUGCAGAUAACCAGCUUUGUAUUGCUCUCACUGAAAAGGAAAUCGUGUAAGCUGUAUGAGUGAGAGUGCUAGGGUAUAAGCUGUUGAAGACCGUAUAAAACAAUUCAGUUCAGAGUUCAUAUUUGAAGAGACUCAGUUCAUCACACUCCUCAAGAUGGGGAAAUACUUUUUUUCAGAAAUAAUGUCCUUAACUGGCUCAAAUGGUGGGUAAGACUACGUUUUCUAAAAUGCUCGAGUAUUCUAGGAGAAAGAUUGGAGUUUACUUGUUUUUUUUUUCUUUUCUUUCUUUCUUGUCCUCUACUCAUCUGUAUAGCAUCAAGCCCAUAGCGAAUGUGCAUUUUGUCAUACAGAUCAAGUACACUCUCUGUUGAAAGGUAUGUUUUGAGUUUUUAAAAAGCAAUAUUGCAGUCGGCCAGUUCGAGGAGGAGAGAUAGACUUGCACAAACUAGUGGAGAUGGUAGCAGUUGACACACACAGAACACACGAAGCGUCAAAAAAAAAAAACAAGCAUUGAAGAAAAUGGGCAUGACUAGUGAUUUUGUACGUUUGUGAGUUUUUGUUUUCCUUGUUUCUUCAGGGUACUGAAGUACUAGUUGUGGUCCUGGCUCUCUAUCUGGUCUCGUACAGGGCGUAGGUCUGUAUUUGACAGGAGUGGUGGAAUCACUUCUAAUGUAGCUUCUCAUUUGUGUCUUAGAGUUUUGUUGGUGAGAGAUCACAGCUCUUUGUAAGAUUGAAUAGUAUUUGUUUUCGUAAAAUAUAUAUCCGUGAUUAUUUAACAUCCAGAACUUUAUUAUGAUUUGAAGAUAAAGAGAGGGUUUAUAGGAAAGCUGGAAUUAGAUUUCUUUUUUUUUUGAAUAGUUAGUUUAUAUUAUAGUUAUCAUAGCUGUCGUGUCACAUAUUAACUACAGUGAUACUGUCCACAGCACGGUCUACUGGGAUAUCUCCCACUUACCUCCGGUGUUGGUAGAAGUUGCUCCUGAAAAGUGCUGACUGUGGACCAGUUGUCAUGUUCUAUUCUACUCCUCAGACUGCGAAAGAGGGGAGAGAAGCUGGUCCCAGGUCAGCAUCUGUGCAGCAACAUCUCCCCUGAGCCUUACCUCCAAGGACACCAGUGUCCCUCUUUACUUGAAGCAUCGGUGAAAGGCAAUAGCAGAAUAUUUUAUGUUUUCACCUUCCCCUCUGCCCCCCAUAGAAAGCAUGCCUUAAACUUAAGGGUACACCAUGUGAAUUCCCUCAACGUAAAGUAAAAAAAAAAAAAACGUCUUUGUUACCUUACUGGUGAUAAUUGGUGUACAGGUUUUCAUAUCAAUAGUGGCUGCAGUUAUAGAAGAUAACCUUGUUUUAAUAUAUAACAAAGUCUAUGUUGAUAUUGUAAAAAAUUAUAAUAAUGCAUCUAUGUAAGAAAAAAAAGUGUUUUUCAAGUUUUUGUCAACCUCUAGAUUCUAAAUGGGCAUAGCAGGGAUUUAGCCAGUCCCAGGACUCAGAUAGCUGUACAUCUGUCAUUUUAAAUGUACCGACCCAUGUGAAUGAGCUGUUUGUGACAAAUCCAUCUACAGAUCCUCCUCUUUGCAUGAAUCCCUGCACCCUUUAACAGCUCCAGACAAAUGAAACGUAGACUGAUGUCUGUCACUGGCCUGAGGUUGCCUCCAUAGUACUGUGACCUCUGUCCUCAUGGUUAUAUAUCACAGUGUGUCAUGGAAGUAAUAUUAAUGACCUUCUCUCAUCUGAUACCUCUUGUCCUGUUGAUGUUUUAAGGCUAUUCUCAGUAAUCUGAGGUCACUACCAUGCGUUACCUCUCUGGCUUUGGAUAAGCGGAGAUUGAGAGAAGCAGCCAUUAAAGAUGAUGGUUAGCAUCCAUAAGACCUGCGAGCUCUAUGUCAGUGUGCCUCAGUAUCCUUUGAAGUCCUAGAGAGUAUUUCAGCCUGGUGAACAUCCGAUGCCUUUCACCCAACCUACCCAUAAUAAGUAUGGGAGAGCCACAGUUCAUUGUAGUGUUUGGUCAGAACACUUUCCGGCAGAGGGGUCUAUGGAGACACCAGUGGGAUCAUCUGAAAGCGGAUGAUCUAGUGGUCCUCUGCAUUUGGCUGGAUUGCCCUAAGAAGGGACAGUUGCUGCUUUUUGAAGGCUGAAGGUCUCAAAAUAAUUCUUCUCAAAUGGACCUAACUGGAGGCUCAGGUCAUGUAUGGCAACUUAUGCAAAUUCCCAUGUUUGAUGGAGGUCCUGUUAUGCAUGGUGGAGCUACGCUGUGAGAACAUUGCUGUGCAGUUGGAAUGUGGAAACCUGAAUGGCCUACGUUAAACGAUUUUCCUGGUUUGUGCAACGUCUUUUCAAGAUUAAUUUCAAACCAUGGACUCUAUUGAACAUUCUUGCUCCACGGAAUUGUGUUGUUCUCAAUUGUAGCCACACUAAGAUUAAUUUGGUGCAAGCUAUAAAUGCUAUUAAAUUGUAAGAGAGGUUAUAUUGCAUGGUGGCAUUUUUCACCAAGAAUACUGAUUAUGCAUUCAGUUUAGAGAAUUGCUGGUUAUUUAGUUCAUUUCUAUAGGUAAUUGUAGUGUGUGUUACUUCAAGAGAGAUGGUCACAUAAUUUCUGAAGAGCUUCUAAAUUGAAUCAAAAUAUCUAUUUACAGUUGUUUGUUUAGUCUCUGUAAAUGGUCUUCCAUUCAAACCAGUCUGAAGCCUUAUGAAUUACCACUGAGUAGUCCUGUUUCACAGGGUCCAUUAUGGGUCCAACCACCUGUAGCAUUAGGCUGUCACAAAUUCCAUUAAUCCCAAGGAACUGGAAGCCAUUUUGUUGACCUGCUAGUUCAUUUUGUCACCACAUGAAUCUCUGUGGACAGAAUUGUCAAAACUACAGAGUUUGUGUUGACAGAUUUUUCAAAGCACAAGUCCAAAGAGGAAGUUCUGAACACCAAGUCCCCAAAUUCUGGCCUGCCAGUUGUGCUCACAGUAACCUUCCAAGAUGACACUUCAGCCCUCCGGGCUUGAUUAUGGGCUGGUUUUCAAGGUCUUUUUCCAAUUGGGUAAAUUACCUUGUGUAGAAAAAGAGGUUUGGCCAUGGUCAAGUAAUCCGUAGUUCAUUCCGUUAAAGCAAUAUUUCCAUUUGUGAUUGCACCUUGACUCGCUCACAAGCACAAGUACAACUGAAAAAUAGCUGGGCUGUAAUUAAGAUUGUCCGCAGCUUUGAAAACAUGUCCUAUUAGAUCUAAUGAACUGGCCAAGGUUGCAAACGGAUCCCAACAUCUAAAGUUUACAAAUAUGUGAUUUCGAAUGUAAGUAAGUGGCAUAAAGAAAAGCUAUUUGUUCCAACACACCAAUAAGGAAACAUUAUGCAUUCUACUGGAAGGGUGUUGUAGAUUUUAUUGAUCUUAUCUAGAGUAGCUCUUCUAGGCGUGGAUUGUUGCAUGUACGAGGGAUGGCAUGUUUGUUUAAUUUAACGCAGGGUUUAUCUUGAUUGAAUCUGAGCUUAUCCAGAAAUUUGACUGAUCAACUGUGAGUAGCAAAGGGAGUUUAACAUUGUUUAUAAGAACAUUUUUGCAGCCUGCUACUUCCCUUAAACCUGGAAACUAAACUUGAAUUAACAGCAAAGUAAAGUGAAUAAUGAUAAUCAGUGGGAUGUGUUUGAUGCAUUUGGCAUGGCUUUAUAUGUUUGCGGAUGUGUGUGGACGAUGAGUUGGUCUUGCAGUGGAAUACUAUAAUGCAGGAUUAAGGGAAACCACCUUGCAAUCACUACCUUUUGGUACUAGGACGUCCGUAUCCAUGUGCUAUGUGAGUUUUUGUGUGUGUGUGUGUGUGUGUGUGUGUAUAUGACUUAAUGUACUCAAGCAUUUCCCAUUUGAAGACUGAGGAUAUGUGCUCCUCACUACGUGGCGCUGAAUAUUUUGUAAGAAAUUUGUAUUUUUCCAUGUCUUGGCAUACUUUACACACGACUAGUUUACACUACCAGAAGCCCAAGGAUUCUGCUCUCCAAUUAGUCAAUCCUUAAAAAAAAAAAUACAUUCCCUUCUAGUUAUGGUAAGAUCGUGGUACUUCUAGUCUUUAAAAGUUUGUGGGCUUUUUUGUAUUUAGUUUGAUAGACUGUUUUGGUGUCCUAACAUGUUUGUGAACUUAACCCUUUGAAGAGGAUAUCUGAACACUGUUUUGAGUGAAAGCUUGAAUUCUUUUCCAAUCUGUAUCUGGAAUAAGGCUGUUGGUUGCCUUAAAACAUACAUUAUCAGAAGUUCUCAAUGUCCUCCCAAAGAGCCUGAGAGAGAGUGAGCCUCACAGCUCCCCUCCCCUCUGCUCAGCUGUGUGUAGAGACCUGGAAGAGGUGAACCAGUUAGCGUUAGCAUUAGCCCACAGGCGUUGGAGUGCAGCAGAGAACAUGCCAUACCUGAAGUCUGGCAGUAACCCGAGUCCCACCCACACUGGUGUUUCACUACUGCCACCUACUAGUGAGUGAGUGAGUGUGUGUGUCUGGUUGUUGUUGUCAGAGAAAGCAGGUGUUUAGUAAGGCUUAGAGGACGUAAGCAGCGAUGUAGUAGAUCCAAUAUGAAACCCUAAUUACCUCAAAACGUCAAUGACAGAAAUAAAUACAGAACUGACCACACUUUUCAUCUUCAAGUGGAUUUACGCUUCAUUUGUAAUACACACAUUCAUGCUAUUUUGGGGAAUUGUAAAAAAAAAAAAUGUUAAAAAAGGUAUUAGUAUUACAAUACUGAGUAUGGUUUUUCUGUUGUGCCUACCUCCAUAUUGUACAGGUCAUCUUUGUCUGCUAAGUGCAUAGCCACCUAUUUCUGUAGGUUAAAAGAAAAAAAAAGAUGGAGAAAUAUUUCCAUUUUUUCUAUCUUAAAAAAAAAAAAAGUUCAAAAUGAGUGACUGUGUCUGUCAUAUUCAAGUGUUGAGGAUUAGUCACAACCAACGACAGGAAUGUCUAAGCCAAGCUGUAAGUAGACCGACAAAAUCUCCUAGGUCCUAGUGCAGCAGUUUCUUUGAGAAUUUUUUAUCAAAGACAGAUCAGCUUCAAUGAGCCCAUCAAAAGCACCCUUUACUCAGUGAGCAGACGUCACCUUUUCCACAUCCUGACGGUGUGUUUGUGUAUGUUGUGUGUGUGCGCAUCAAGCCAUAUGUUACCACGUUUACAGCUGUUGUGUUAUAGGAAAUGUCUGACUGUGGAGUUGGUGUGUCAUGUGUCUGCGUCUUAAACUAACAUAACUCCAAAAGCAACAAAAUUACAGCAGCUCUGGUUCAAUUCAGGCUGAGUAAGGGUGCAUGCGGUGCGCUCCGUCUGAAGGAAACACAUUUAUCGUAUCCAGCCUUAAACCGCCAGAUGCAUCCCACCACAGAGGUCAGAUGUUAGGCAGGGCUCCCACUAAGCAAAAGGACCUCUUCAGACCCCUCCCCAAACCCUGCCCCCCCCCCCUUCCCCAAACCCACCUAAAAGAAAUGGGUAAAGAGACAAGCCGUACAUGAUUUUCUGUGACAAUGCAAUCUCUGAAAGCACUUUGCCUUGUUAAAUCCUAACGUGUGCUAGUGAAUGGUUAUAUGUUGCAAAAUGUUACAUUUGUGUUUUUAAAGAGAAAAAAAAAGUGAAAGGAACUAUAAUUUGAUUAAGACACUUAAAUAUGAUUCAAAUUUGCAUUGACCUCCAAGUACAGGACAAGAGAAACUCCAUUAACUAAGGCAUUCAAACCUGAUUUUUUUUUUUUUUUACAAUGUAUGCUGCAGCCAUUGAGUCUUGUUAUUCAGUAUUGUGGCUUAGAAUUGGUUAUGUUUAAAUAAAGUGCUAUCGCUUAAUAUCAAA